UGCUCCAAGAAAUGCGAACUUUGCAAUGGCAUUUCGUGGACGGACUCGAAUGCGGCAUGUGAUCCGAUCACAGGAGCUUGCAAAUGCGAACGAGGUUACAAGGGACCAGACUGCAAGCAAAGAGUUUGUGAAGAAGACAUGUAUGGUCUGGACUGCUCGAAACAGUGCACAUGUGUGAUGGAAAAUACUGAAUCCUACCAGUAUAACGCAAGAAGUUUUCAUACUUUCACCUCCAGAUGUGCUCCUGACACGGGUUACUGUAGAUGUAAACCUGGCUACGUUGGAGAUUCAUGCGAGCAGAUUUGUUCGAAGCUCAAUUGGGGACGAGACUGUGCAAACACAUGUGAGUGUAACUAUAACUACACAUCCGAAUGCGAUCUGACCACUGGUAGAUGCAUAUGUUUACCGGGCAGGACUGGAGAAAAGUGCGUUCCAAAUAGUUUUUCGCUUUUAUUUUAUGUCUUGUGCGCUGACGAAUGUCCGGACGGAUAUUUUGGACUAGAUUGUGCUUUCAAGUGCCAGUGCGGUGAAAAUGGUGUAUGUGACAAAAGAAAUGGAUCGUGCAAGUGUCGAAAUGGUUUCCAUGGAGCCACGUGCUCGAUAAGUUGUCCAGCCGGCCAUUUUGGUGAAUCAUGUGCCGCUUGCCAGUGUCGCAACGGAGCAGGGUGCGAUCCUGUCACAGGCGAUUGCCACUGUGCCGCAGGCUGGACGGGAGCGAAAUGCGACACUCCCUGCGCAGCUGGAACUUAUGGACCACACUGCGCGAUCGCGUGCCGUUGCAAGAAUGGAGGCGAAUGUGAUAGAUUUACUGGAGAAUGCAAAUGCACACAAGGAUUCAAAGGUAUGGUCAUUGUUGACUUCAGCGAUGGCACUUUUUGGUGUAGGGCGAAUUUUUCGGCCGCUUUUGCUAUAGCGAAGAGGCGUCCACGCAGCGCUGCGCAUGACGCCACUGAGUCGUUACGGAAGAUAGAUCACCCCCACCCAUUUGUGCGCUUCAGCUUGCACCUUUCUAUGAUAUAUUUCCUUUUGCGUUGGGGGCUUCAUAACAAUCUCCGUGUUCAGGCCCCGAUUGUUCGUCGCAGUGCGAAAAUGGCCGUUAUGGUGAUUCUUGUCAAAUGGACUGCGACUGCAAUGGCGGCAGCUGUCAGCAAAAGACUGGGAAAUGUGUAUGCGGUCCCGGAAAACAGGGAGAUCGUUGCGAUCAAGGUUAGUACAAUCUCUGCCUUGAGAAAUCUUCAACACCUUUUCCUUCUAGAAUGUAACGCUGGACAGUUUGGAUUUGGCUGUCGAGAGUUUUGUGGAAAUUGUACCCUAGAUAGUAACACUGGCCAAUGCGAUUCCAAGACUGGAGCUUGUCUAAAAUGUCCACCUGGGAGAUCCGGCGCCAACUGUCAACAUAGUUGUGAAGAUGGCAAAUGGGGACAAGACUGUGCGCAAAAAUGCUCAUGUGCUGAUGGUCAUAAUAUUCUGUCCACUCAUUUUCCAGAUGUGAUCCUGUCACUGGUACUUGCAUCUGCGAUCCUGGAUACACUGGCGAGACUUGCGAGCAGCGUAAGUUGUAUUUAUUCCGAGUUUAUACCCGAUGUUCUACUUUUUGGCUUUUUUGUUUGA